AUGCACCUAUUUUUCACCUGGGAAGUAAUGUCCUACACUGCCAACAUUUUUGUCUGCAGAGAGAAAUGGAAACGAUAUGAAAGAACUUCUUGCGUUUUGUGGUGCCUUUCUCCUCAUUCUUCUUCUUCGUCUUGCUCUCUUAAGCAGCCAGCUAAAUUUGGAAAGACCUUUUCUUCUAACAUUUUGGAAUCUAAAUUAAAUCCGUAUUUAUGCCUUUCCCAUUAUCUAAAAAAUUGGUUCCUACUGACGAGAAAAAUUUUUCUUUUAAAGGCUCCGGGACGAUUUGAAGGCCCCGGGUCUAAUGAUCAAGACAGCGGCCAUGGCGAUUCUCUAGACACGACUGGAACCGUCCUCUUUUCCAAACCAAUCAUUCAGCCGCGUUCAAAAAGUCCUUUUGCUACCAAAUCGGGUCUGGGAGCAAUUAUAGAUGGUGGUCCAUUCGCACUGCAAUCGAAUCACUUCUCCGAUUGCAGUCAAAUGCAUGGGAACUCUGAUGAACAGUCAUUAUGGAACGGUUUAUCCACAAUCACUAGAAAAAAUCAGGAAACUAAGACUCAAACUGCCACAAUGGAGAGUUGUUCCACAUUUAUUUAG